AUGCACCGAGACCAACUCCCCAUCGCUGCAUUGACACCCUGGUCCAAGCUCAACGAUGUAGCUUUCAUCGACAGCAGCGUACAAGAGCUUGGAGAGUCAAGAGGUUUCGGACUUCUCACGAAUCGAGCACUCAGCUCAAAAAAUUCCUAUGACAUCCCAACAUUGCUCGAUGUUUCGCAUGAUCUUAUUCUCUCUGCAGAGGCUAUCGAGGAGCAUGUCAAGGUCGACCAGCAUUUCCGAGAAUUGAUGGAGGUUGCUGGUGGGAAAUCUCUAAGGAGUGAUAUCCUCCUAUUUCUUUUAAUGCAAAUUACGAUUGCAUCAAAUCAAGGCGUCAAUGUGGGGGUACAAAAUCCUUGGACAGAGUAUUGUAGGAUUUUACCUGGCUAUGUACCUGUUCCCACACUGUGGAGUGACGAGGAACGAAUUUUGCUUGUGGGCACUUCUCUGGAGCCAGCCCUGAGUGCUAAAAUGAGCGCGCUAGCUCGAGAAUUGGACGAGUUGCGUGAGAGAACGACGAAUAUAGCAUGGUGCCAAAAGUAUUGGUGGGAGCAUGAUGCAUUGAGUAUUACCGAGUGGGCUCUCCUAGAUGCGUGGUACAGGUCACGGUCCCUUGAACUUCCAAAUGCUGGGGAAUCCAUGGUUCCAUGCCUAGACAUGGCGAAUCACUCCUCGGAACCUAAUUCCUAUUAUGAGCAAGGAUCGUCCAACAAUGUGCUCUUGUUGUUGAGGCCAGAUGUCACACUAGAUGACUCUUCUGAGAUUACCAUAAGCUAUGGCGAUGCUAAAAGCGAGGCCGAGAUGCUGUUCAGCUACGGCUUCAUCGACGAGAGCAGUGUGAAGGCUCGAGGUUUAGUUUUACCCUUAGACACCUUCCCUGAGGAUCCUUUGGGCAAAGCGAAAGUUUCGGCUUUUAUUGGACAACCAAAGAUCCACAUAUCGGCCGAUCAGGACAAUAUUCAGUGGGAUAGUCCAUUUUUAUACCUGAUGUGCCUCAACGAGGAGGACGGUCUACAGUUCAAAGUUCUACAACAAACGGAUGGCUCACGCAGCUCGUUAAGAGUUUUCUGGCAAGGAUCCGAUGUAACAGACGUUACGGAUACCUUCGAAACUCUCAUCAACAUCCAUGAAUUCCAAGAUGUGUUUAAGCUACGAGUCGUUAGUUCCCUACAGAGUCGGAUUGGCCAACAGCUUGAGCGCCUGGCUGAAGGCGAUGAAAUGGUACAAUCGUUGGCCAGUAUGGUGCAGAUCACCCCAGAUGUUCAAAGACAUGCUCUGCAGUUGCGAGCAAGCGAGAAGUCUAUCUUACAAAAAGCUUACGCUACCGUCGAUAUGCAGAAAACUAGCCUUUUAGAGAGUAAAGUUGUGCUUCGAUAUCUCGGGGUUGCAAGCGACGAGGACAAACCGGAGCAAGCAGAAACCAAUAACGAGGAAGAAGAUUUCAGCUAA